GCAAGUGACUGGCGCGUUGUACAGGGAGCAGCACCCUCUGCUUUGCGCCCAGUCAUUGGCUUCCGGGAUAGGCUCCGUUCCAGCGCGACCCUCAGCAGGAUGGAUUUGGAUGGAGCGAUGGAUUGUAACGUGCUCCCAAUGGCGUGCCUGAACGUAUCGUUUGCAGUACAGUACUGUAUGCCUUUCUGCUUUCCGAGGACGUGUUCGUUCCUGCCCUCCGUACCCUGUAUCCCCUGCUGAUCUACAUCACAGCUGCCGCUACAGUCGCGCGCUUCGCCGGUAUUAAUCUGAUACGGUUUUCGGAAGGGGACUAUCGCUGCGCAUGCGCACUGCGUACGCUGCUCCUAUCGGCAGGAAACGACCGAGAGCUAAAGGAGGGCAAGUGUGGACCCGCAGCCGGAGAGCAGUUCGGUCCCAUUCCUGAGGAACACCGCCGGGAAACAGACUCUCCGCCUUCGCGGGGGAGAUGUGCGCCAUGAUUUACGUGGUUUCCACCGUGCUGGGCUACGUGCUCACCUCCGCUCUGCUGCUCAAAUGCCCGGCGCUGCUGCACCGGAGGAAGCGGGAGACCUUCCUGGGGAAACACAUCUCGCACCGCGGAGGUGCUGGUGAGAACCUCGAGAACACCAUGGCUGCUUUCAGGCAUGCUGUUGAGUUGGGUACAGACAUGCUGGAGCUAGACUGCCAUCUUACAAAGGAUGCGCAGGUAGUGGUGUCCCAUGACAGCAACUUGAAGAGGUCCACAGGCGUUGAUGUCUAUGUCUCUGACCUUGUGUAUGAGGAACUUCCUCCCUACCUUUGCAAGCUCGAUGUGACUUUCAAAAGAGAGUGCGUGUGCGAGGGUGGCGAGGACAAGCGCAUUCCCCUGCUGAAGGACGUGUUCGAGGCUUUCCCAGAAACACCAGUCAACAUUGACAUUAAGGUCAAUGAUGACACCCUCAUCAGGAAGGUCUCAGAACUUGUGACGGAGUACAAACGGGAACACCUGACAGUGUGGGGCAAUGCAAGGAACCAGAUUGUUCAAAAGUGCUACAGGGAGAACCCAAGUAUCCCAGUCCUCUUCAGCCUCCAGAGAGUUCUGCUGCUGCUGGGGCUCUUCUACACUGGCCUGUUACCCUUUGUGCCCCUGAGGGAGCAGUUCCUCGAGGUCCCCAUGCCAUCCAUCAUGAUGAAGCUGAGAGAUCCAUGCAGCAUCACCAAGAGGCAGCGCUUUGUGAGCUGGCUCGCUGACACGCUGCUGAUGAGGAAGGCCUUAUUUGAGCACCUGAAAGCCAGAGGAAUACAGGUCUAUCUGUGGGUCCUGAACGAUGAGGAGGACUUCCAACGUGCGUUUGACCUCGGUGCCACAGGGGUCAUGACUGACUACCCCACUAAACUGAAGGAAUUCAUGGAGAAGAGGAACCUCUUAGAACACCACUGACAUACAAAGACUUUUCUCACUCUCUGACAUUUUACCUCCUCCCCCAUCAAGCUUUCAGGCAGAACUACGGGCUCACGCACCGGUCACAUCUGUCGAUCCGUCCUCUGCUCAGUAGGUGUGUGCUCUUCACACCAAUGUUCCAUACACAUCCAGAAGACAACCCAGAAUCCUACCUGUACUGUAAGCACAGAUUCAAAAUUCCCAUAUGGCCCUAAACCUCUGAGAACAUCAACAUGAAAGGCAAUUUUUAAGUUAUUUUCUUUGCUGAAAAACCUAUGUUGAAAAGUUGUUUUGGUGUUUUGGAUCUUCAUCAUUGGGAAGGAGCUCCCAUGGUGUGUCCUGUAUAGUUCAGUGCAGUCUUAUCUGUGUACUUUUCGGGAACUCGGAGACAGUGAAUGGAGAUCACCAUCUAAUUUUAUAGACCAUGUUUUACAAGGUCUUAUGAAUGUUUGCUGACACAGUUUUUUAAUUAUUUUUUACAGUAGCAUUUUCAGUUUGAUGGUACAUGCUCUGUGUUUUGAGUUAGAUUGAUUAGUGAGUAGCGUAGUGGCUAAAGAUGUGGAAACGUCGCCUGAAUUCCCAGGACGGGCGUUGCUGUAGUAUCGUUGAGCAAGGUGCUUAAUGCAAACGUUCCUGUAAAAUAUCCAGUUGUAGAGAUGCGCGAGUUGUAAUUCACUAGAGAUAAAAGCAACAGCUACGUAAUGAAUUAAUUUUAGAGACAUUGUUUACCAUUUUGGCUGUGUAGGAACAUACUGUAUGGGAAAUGUUUUACUUUUAAUACCUCACCCGUUUUGCCUGCGGAUAUGGUCAUGAAAGACCAUUUGGAAAACAAAAAUAUGUUUUGAUGUUCUUUAAUAUUAGUUAUUUAAUUGCAAUAACGGGAUAUGACAUUUGGCUCAGGCGAGAUAUGUAAAAUAGAAAAUUUUAGAAAACACUUGAGUGUAGUUUUUAAAAGUAUAUAAAUCACUAUGGCAAAAACUGAAUGGAAAUAAGAGGGCAGGUUCCUGUAAUAUUCAGUAUUUUUAGUCCAUUUGCUAAAGGUGGACGUGUGAUGUGCAAUAUCGGUGCGCUUCCAAUGAAGUGACUGGCCAGCAUGCCUUUAGGGGGCUGAGACCAUUGUGCUGUUGCCAUCCAUCAGAUCGUGGACCCUGUGACCUUUAGGGUCGGAGAAAGGGCCUGUCUCUCAUGGCAUGUACCCCUGGACAUACCCUGACUCUCACACACAAGGGUAACUGUUGUGCUGGGUACCAAAGGUUUAGUGAGUCCUGUAAUCCAAGGCCUAAUGCUUACCUGAAGAUCAGUCUUCACAAUGUUGUUAGGGUGAAGGUUUGGGGAUUUCACUGACUGGUGACGUUAACAGUGAGGGCACAAUGGGAAUGUUCUGGGGGAAGACCUACUGCUGGUCUGCUGGUGCCCCUGUUGCUGGUGGACUGGGCACAAGCAGAAGGAGAAAUGGACCGCUGCUGAAGCAGAAUGGCAUUAUUAGGAGCUGCGGUGUUUACAGGGUAUACAUCACACUGGUGUGACAUGUAGCCUUGUAGCUUCACAAAAGGGCAUUUGGAUCUGUUUUCAAGGUGUGAUUUGGACUGGCUGUCUGCUUUAUGUAGCCUAGGCAACCUCAGAUAAUCCACCUCGCUGAUCCUCAUGCUGCACAGAGUACAACUCAAAUAUUUAGCGAUUGUGUAACCGAAGUGCAGUACAGAGGCCCGUUGGAUUGCUGUUUUGAGAAGGUGAUGCCACGUUUCCAUGGCGACAGUGCAACGAAGCAUAUAAUGCUACAGGAGGGGGAAAGCACUGUAAUGUGACUUGAAAAUGCCAUGCAAUUUGAAUGUAUGGAUUAUAAAUACUUGUCUUGGUUUUUAAUUCUUCGAAAUGGUUUAAUAUUAUUGGGAUGUCCUGUGUUGUAAAACCUGGAUAAAACCAAUAAUUUGUUUUAAUGUUAUUUUGUAUCAUUGGAAAUGCACAAUAUGGAAACACUUGUACAUUACUGUACUGUUUGCAUUGUAAACAUCACAAGGCAGUCGCGAGAUUAUAUAAUCAAUAAAUAUAUAGA